UCAGCUUGUACUAAUUUACCAUUAUUAACAUUUGCAAGUUGCAAAGAACGUUUCUUUUCAUACCCGCCACCGUGAACGCGAAUUGCCUUCCGAGAAACAAUUAGUGAAAACUGCGCUCGAAUUCAGUGUACAACCCUACUCCGCGAGUGAACAUUAACAUUAAAGCAAUAGUUCUUGCGAAGUUGGUUAGUGCUUGUUCCUGCUUGUUCCUGUUGUUUCUGCCUGAUCCUGUUUACUCCUGCUUGUUCCUGCUUGUUCCUGUGUUCCUGCUUGGUGCUGUCGGAUGCUUUUGGUGCAUUACGGCCCGUUCCUGUAUUUGCUGUGUUCCUGCUUGAUUCCGGGAAGCGGACCAUCAAGACGUCAGCAUCCCCUCGGUUGGUGAGUAUAGAAAGUCACAGGUAAGCAAGGGUGUAGGACAAGUGAAGCAAUUUUUUACCAGCCACCACAAUGCCAGUCACUCCAUUACCGCAACCGAGUAAGAAGGGGGAACAUGAGGACGAUGUGGAUGAGUUUGCCGGCUUCGUCGAUGACGUGUUAUCGAAAACCACUUUAAUGCAGUUCGACACUGCAAGAACAAAAAUGCAAAUGGUGAUCGAACAACUCGAAGACGAACUAAACGAAUUCGUCACAAAACCGUCUGCAUCAAUUGUUCCUGCCGUGAAACUUAGAGUAAACACAAUGGCAGAGAAAUACAAUGGUCUUCAAGAACAGUUGUAUGAUAGCAAAAAUUAUACUAAUGAAGACAAGCAACGCGAGCGAAAAUACAACUCACUACAUAGAAAAUUAACUAAUGCAUUAGAAGAAGCUAUUUGCGAAAUAAAUAAUAAACCUUCUCCAUCUAUAACAGAAGUUCAACCAGCUUCAGUUAUAGUGCAGCAAUAUCCGCUUCCUGCAUCGCUUCCCUCCUUUAACGGGAAUUAUGAAGCCUGGCCAAAAUUCAAGGCAAUGUUUCUUGAUAUAAUAAAAAGAAGCAGUGACAGUGAUGCUGUUAAGAUCCAUCAUUUAGAUAAAGCGCUAGUGGGCCAAGCAGCAGGCACAUUAAAUGCACAUUUAACAACAACUAUUACAUUCGAUCAAGCUUGGAAAUUUGUCGAAGCCCGAUUUGACAACCCAAGAGUAAUAGUGGACGAACUCAUUAAGGGACUGCUCAACAUGCCACACGUUCGCAGUGAAUCUGCAAAGGAAUUACGCAGUCUCCUUAAAAUGUGCACACACUAUAUUAAUGGGUUGAAAAAUAUGAACAAGGCACCUGAUACACUAAGCAAGUUGAUAAUUAACUACCUGUUAACAUCACGAUUUGAUCCUGAAACACGCAAAUUAUGGGAAAGAACACUUCCUCACCAUGACUUUCCAGACCUUGACAAUACAUUAAGUUUUCUCACCACUCAAUGUGAAGUGCUGGAAAGGUGCAAACCUGAGAGCCACUACAAAGGCAAUAAAGAGACUCGGGCACACGUUGCCGUACCAGCGCAACACACACCAGUAUCUUCAGCCUUCUCCGCCUGUGAGCUAUGCUCAGAACGCCAUUGGCUGGAUAAAUGUCCAGUAUUUAUUGGGCUAUCUGUUCACGAAAAAAUAAAUCGUGUUCAACAAUUAGCACGGUGCGAAAAUUGCCUUGGAAAAAAUCACGCGGCAAACAGAUGCAAGUCGAAAUAUACAUGUCGCAAAUGCAAGCAAAGGCAUCACACUCUGUUGCAUAAAGAGCCUGUACAUCCAACUACAUCUACAACGAUCAGCAUGCAAAACACCACAACACAGCCAACUGUUUUGCUCGCCACUGCUGUUGUUUAUGUAGAAGACAAAACAGGAAAAACACAUCCAGCUAGAGCACUUUUAGAUAGCGGUUCGCAAUCUAAUUUCAUUUCGAGCCAUUUGGCUCAAUUAUUAAACAUUAAAAAAACAUCAGUAGAAAUACCAGUGAUUGGUAUAGGAGGCAGCAUCGAUAGCUUUGUGCGAAGCAAAGUCCGCACUACAAUACACUCCCGUUGCACUAAUUAUAAAACAACAACAGAACUUUUAGUGCUAAAAAAACCCGCUGCUAAUCUGCCUUGUAACAAUGUCAAUUUCAAUCAGAAUCUAUUACCAUCAGCCAUCACGCUUGCAGAUCCUAAUUUCUAUUGUUCAGGAAAAAUUGAUAUUAUACUGGGUGCCGAGCAUUUCGCUGAAAUCAUUAAGGGUGGUCGCUUGAAAAUCAACGACGUACUUCCUUCCCUUCAAGAGUCCGAACUAGGAUGGUUGGUUAGCGGAAAGGUGGCAUCAACAAAUGUGUCCACACCUAUUAUGAGUGCAGUAUGCAUAACACCCAUAGAACAGCUUAUGGCAAAAUUCUUUGAAGUAGAAGAACUAUCGGCAACCAGCUCCGGCUGGAGUGAAGAAGAAACACAUUGCGAGACUUCAUUUUUGGAUAGCACAACGCGUGACGAACAAGGUCGCUAUGUUGUUCGACUACCAGUAAAGUCAGACAUAGCGCAUGCUUUGGGUGACUCAAAAUCGAUGGCCCUUCGUAGAUUUCUUUCCCUUGAACGUAGACUGCAGCGCGAACCAGAGACACGAGCAGCUUAUGUUCAAUUUAUGACCGAAUACGAACAACUUGGUCAUAUGAGUCCUGUCGAACAUGAAAUUGUAUCACACCAGGUGGAAUAUUACAUCCCACAUCAUCCAGUGUUCAAAGCUGAAAGCACGACAACGAAAUGCAGAGUAGUGUUCGAUGCGUCUGCCAAAACCACCUCAGGCUAUUCUCUAAAUGAUGCGUUAAUGGUUGGACCAACCAUUCAACAGGAAUCGUUUACAAUCUUACUACGCUUUCGUUCCUAUAUCAUUGCAGCCAUCGCUGAUGUAGAAAAAAUGUACAGGCAAGUGUGGGUACACCCUGAAGAUCGCCCACUGCAACGUAUAUUUUGGAGAGAUUCUCCAAAUCAGCCAAUUCGAACUUUUCAACUGAACACCGUCACCUACGGAACAGCAUCAGCUCCAUUCCUUGCUGUAAGAGCAUUAAAACAGAUAAUAAUUGAUCAUGGGAAAGAAUUUCCAAAAGCGGCAGAAAGAAUGGACGACUUCUAUGUGGACGAUUUUAUUUCCGGAGCUGAUUCGAUUACUGAUGUACAACAAUUGUACAAUGAAGCAACAACACUGUUGGCAAAGGGAGGAUUCACCCUCAGAAAAUGGUGUUCAAACGAUCCUGAAGCGCUGAUUGAAAUCGGCAACAUAAAAAAUGUCACAAUGCCUGCGGACGACGUCAAUGGACAUGUGACUACCCUAGGACUUAUUUGGCGACCCCGUGCGGACACUUUUAGCAUAAAGGUGCACAUUCCUGAAACCAUUCAUCACCUAUCAAAACGAUUCGUUCUUUCUUCAAUUGCUAAAAUUUAUGACCCAUUAGGCCUCAUCGAUCCUGUAAAGGCAUUGGCGAAACAAAUAAUGCAGCAGAUUUGGGAGCUAAAGAAAACAGAUGGGAAGAACUGGGAUUGGGAUGAUGAACUUCCGUCGGAUCUACAACAAGCUUGGGUUCACUUUCAACAACACCUUGAACCUCUUCGUAACCUUCAGAUUCCUCGAGCAGCUGUCCAUACAUCCAUUCAUAAUGUUCAAUUACAUGUUUUUUGUGACGCUUCAGAAAAAGGGUAUGGCGCCUGUUGUUACAUCCGUGACGACAACGAUGAAGAAAACAUCACUUCACAACUAUUGACUUCUAAGUCAAAAAUAGCUCCACUUAGCCAAAAACUAACUAUUGCCCAACUAGAGCUGUGCGCAGCAAAGCUAGGCAGCGAUCUAUUUGCGAAAGUAAAGGAAGCAAUUCCAACAUUUUCGAAUGUUUAUUUUUGGACCGAUUCAAUGAUCGUUUAUCACUGGCUACAAUCUCCACCACAGAGCUGGAAAACUUUUGUCGCAAAUCGUGUCUCUCACAUACAAAAAGUGACCAAAGGAUUUUCCUGGCGACACAUUCCAGGAUGCGACAAUCCAGCAGAUUUAGUUUCUCGCGGUUGCUUUGGUUCUGAAUUAAUCAACGACAUAAAAUGGUGGCAGGGUCCAACCUGGCUACCAUGCUCAGAAAAUGUUUGGCCAUUAACUCCUACGGUACAAGAAAACGUCGAUGCUGAACAACAAAGACGAUCGCAACCCGUACUAGCUCACGUAGCAGUUGAGCCACCAGUGCAUGAAUUAUUCACUAAAUACUCAUCUUUAUUUACCCUUAGACGCAUGAUUGGCUACUGGAUUCAGUAUUACAAAAUACUUCGCAAGCAAAUUCCUCCCAGCAAGCUUCUAUCAGUGCAAAGCAUAAUAGAAGCUGAUUUAUAUUUAUGUCGUCUAGUACAAGAAACCCACUUCAAGGCAGAACUGAAAGCAUUAAAGGCAGGACUCUCAGUACCGUCAUCGUCCUGCAUGAAAUGGUUUAAUCCUAUCAUAUCUUCUGAUGGCCUCAUUCGUGUCGGAGGUCGACUCACACAUUCGAUUCUCCCCGAAACCGAAAAACAUCCCAUAAUUCUACCAAGCAAACAUCCCUACUCAGUGUUGCUAGCCAAUUAUUAUCAUCUCAAAUAUUUCCAUGCUGGACCGCAGCACAUGCUAAAUACAAUUCGGCAACAAUACUGGAUCAUCGGUGGCAGAAAUUUGGUAAAGCGUGUUUAUCACCAAUGCUUAACUUGCUUCCGAGCUAAACCCAAGAUGCUUACUACACUCAUGGGUGACUUACCACCGCCGAGGGUGAUUGCUUCCAGGCCAUUCUCAAUAAGCGGCAUCGACUACUGUGGGCCUGUUUUUGUCAAGGGUGCACACCGUCGAGCGGUACCCACAAAAGCAUUCGUAGCUAUCUUCAUUUGUUUUACAACAAAGGCAGUUCACAUCGAACUCGUCUCCAGUUUAACUACCGAAGCUUUUCUUGCAGCCUUACGUCGAUUCAUAGGCCGUCGAGGUCUGGUGUCCGAGCUCCAUUCGGAUAACGGGACCAAUUUCAAGGGAGCUUCCAACGAGCUCAACAACCUCUAUCGUCUCCUUCAUUCUGAUGAACAUCAGCGCAAGAUGCACUCCUGGACCCUGGAGCGUGGCAUCGAUUGGACGUUCAUCCCUCCUCGCGCACCCCAUUUCGGCGGACUCUGGGAGUCGGCCGUAAAAUCAGCCAAGUACCAUCUUCUCCGUACCAUGGGCACAUCUUCGUAUACCUUCGAAGAUAUGAUGACGAUACUGACGGAGGUUGAAGGAUGUCUCAACUCGCGCCCUAUUACUCCGAUGUCCGACAAUCCAUCCGACCUGACAGCUCUGACCCCGGGGCACUUCUUGACUGGGUCCCAUAUGCAGCUGCUACCUUCGAUUGACGUCUCGCAGAUUCCAUCCAAUCGACUCAACCACUGGCAGCUUAUCCAACAACAACUUCAACGUUUUUGGAAACGUUGGCAUACCGAAUACUUGCAGCAAUUGCAAACGCGAAGCAAGUGGUUCGUUAAGGGGAAUUAUGAAAUAAGGGAAGGGCAGUUAGUGAUUGUUCAUGAAGACAAUGUUCCACCUUCUAGAUGGCCGCUCGCUAGGAUUACUAAAAUCCAUCCAGGAAAGGAUGGUGUCACUCGGGUAGUUACAAUCAGGACUAGUAAAGAAAAGGAACUGACUAGACCCAUAACCAAAAUAUGUCUGAUUCCUGAAAUAGACCAUAUAGAUCCAACCGAUAGUAAAAUUUAGAAAUUUUAGGUGGCAGGAUGUUGGAUUUGUAACAAAUAUCCGCCUGCAGAUAUGCAACCUGCAGUACUACUAAUACAUGCGAAAAUAACAUCAUGGCAGAUUACCACUGUUCCUUCGAUAAGGAGCCAUGAUGUAAAUGUAACCGUGUAAUCUGAUGUAACAAUCGCUAGAAGCGCAUGUCUGUGUUUAGUCCAUAGGAUGCGCAGAAAUAAA